AGAUGACAUCAGAUAAAGUCAGCAUAAAGCCAAUGACAGUGAGGACACUCACUCACACACAGAGCUUCACGCCUGAAGAGCAGAUAGAUACAGAAUGAGGGUUUUGCUUGCUGUCGCUGCUCUUGUGGUUGUGGCCGGUGCAGCCAGUGUCUCUGUGGAGGAUCUGGAGUUCAACGCCUGGAAACAGAAGUUUGGUAAGAGUUAUGCUUCAGUUGAAGAAGAGGCUCAGCGUAAGAUCAUCUGGCUGGACAAUCGUAAGCUGGUCUUGGAGCACAACAUGCUGGCUGACCAGGGCCUCAAAAGCUACAGACUCGGCAUGAACCACUUUGCAGACAUGGACAAUCAGGAGUACCAGCAGAUGUUUAAGGGCUGCCUGGGAUCCUUCAAUGAGUCAGUGAUCGAGAGUGCAACUACAUUCCUCCAACGGGUAGAGGGCGCUGCUCUGCCCAGGAAUGUGGACUGGAGGGCUAGGGGCUAUGUGACCAGAGUUAAGGACCAAAGUCAUUGUGGCUCCUGCUGGGCCUUCAGUGCGACGGGAGCACUAGAGGGUCAGAUGUUCAAGAAGACAAAGAAGCUGGUACGCUUAAGUGAACAGCAGCUGGUGGACUGCUCCGGGAGUUAUGGAAACUUUGGCUGUCAAGGUGGUUUCAUGGACAAGGCCUUCGAGUACAUCAUGUACAGUGGAGGCCUGGAGACAGCAUACACCUAUCCAUAUCAGGCCAAGGAAGGGCAGUGCAGCUUUAAAAAACAGAGAGCUUGGGCUAAGUGCUCCAACUAUAAAGGGGUGUCGCCCACAGAAGCUGCUCUGAAGAACGCUGUGGCCACAAUCGGACCUAUUUCUGUAGCUAUAGAUGUCUCUCCUCACAGCUUCCAGUUGUACAAGUCAGGUGUGUAUGAUGAGCCAGCCUGCAGCACCACUAAGCUGAAUCACGCCGUCCUGGCUGUUGGUUACGGCACUGACCAACAUGGAAAGGACUACUGGCUGGUCAAGAACAGCUGGGGUACUGUGUGGGGUGAUAAAGGCUACAUCAAGAUGUCCAGGAACAAGAGGAACCAGUGUGGUAUUGCCUCAUAUGCCGUCUACCCUGUGGUUUAAAGACUGGAGAGAGACAGAAUCUUGAAAACCUCAGGAAGGAAGUUCUGGCCAAAAAAAAAUGUUUCCUUUACUUUCCUUUUCCUCUGAUUACCUUUCCUUUCUUUUUUCACUUCUUUUAAAGCAGAUUAAGCAUUAGAUAAGCAUUAUACUUUCUAAAAAUACAAAUGAAUGAAGUGUGAAAUAUUCCUGUUUCUGACUGCUCAAAAACAAAAUAAACUAUCAGCAUUCAUAAA